AUGGUGCCGAAUGAUGACGGGGUGCCGAAGGUGUCGCUCUCGUCGGAUGAUGGCAGGGUGCCGAAGGGUGCCGAAGGCAGCGCUAUGUCAAAUGAUGACGGGGUGCCGAAGGCAUCGCUCUCAUCGGAUGAUGGCAGGGUGCCGAAGGUGAUGAUGGGGUGCCGAAGGCAUCGCUCUCGUCGGAUGAUGACAGGGUGCCGAAGGCAUCUCUCUUGUCAAAUGAUGACAGGGUGCCGAAGGCAUCGCUUGUCAAAUGAUGACGGGGUGCUGAAGGCAUCGCUCUCGUCUAAUAAUGACAGGGUGCCGAAGGCAACGCUUUGUCAGAUGAUGACAGGAUGCCGAAGGCAUCGCUCUCGUCUAAUGAUGACAGGGUGCCGAAGGGUGCCGAAGGCAUCUCUCUUGUCAAAUGAUGACAGGGUGCCGAAGGCAUCGCUUGGUGCCGAAGGCAACGCUUUGUCAGAUGAUGACGGGAUGCCGAAGGCAUCGCUCUCGUCUAAUGAUGACAGGGUGCCGAAGGCAUCGCUCUCGUCGGAUGAUGACAGGGUGCCGAAGGCAGCGCUAUGUCAAAUGAUGACGGGGUGCCGAAGGCAUCGCUCUCAUCGGAUGAUGGCAAGGUGCUGA